CCACCCUCCUUUUGCCAUGUACCAAAAGGGAGAGGGAAAAUAAGAAAAGAGGGAAGAGAAGGGAAAUUGGGGCACACCGCCGUCCGUCAUCGCCGUUCCUCUCAAAAAAUUGGUGGUGUUUCCUUUCCUCUCUCUAUUUUUUCUAAUUGGUUGCCUUACCUCGCUGUUCGUGGCAGUGCCGCCAUGUGUGGUGCAGUGUAGAACUUUAGAUGCAAUCGAUCGGGGCUGCUGUGAGUCCGUGACGUUCGUUGCUAGGGAGAGGAAAACGAUCGGAAGUCGUCAUUGGUAUCGCCACCGUCGCCGUUGCCCUUGCUAUUUUUACGGGAAACCCUAGCACGUAAACCUGUGGGAGAUGUACGUGCUAGAAGAGCUGUUCGAAGCAUCUGAAGGCGACUGCCCUCGCCUUCGCAAGAUCUGCGUCAGUCGGUGCCCGGACCUGAAGAGGCUGCCCUGCGCCCCUUCUCUGACGGAGCUGGUUCUCCACUGCGGCCUCCAGCUCCCUGACAUCCUGGAGCUUGCGUCCCUGGUGUAUCUGAAAAUCGAAGGCUUCCAUGGAGUCAGGUCGUUCAGCUUGCUGGCCGCUGCGGUGCUGAAGAAGCUGGAGAUCAGGUCUUGCAAGGAGCUCUCGUCGGUGGACGGGCUGUCGGCGCUGAGCCGCUGAUGACGGUUCAGAGGUUUAAGAUAGCAGGGUGUGCCCCAAGUUUGUACGUUCUGCCAAGAACCGAUAGCCUGACAACCUGAAUGUAAUAACUUGGUUCAGUGCUUGUUUAUAUUUUUCAUACGGAUUAUUACACGGCAAUGUCCAACACUGAUAUGACAAAAGACGUGUGAUUAGCC